UAAAACUGGCGGGGUCAUUCGGAACGCCAUUUGGCCGCAAGAUGGCAUCGCGGUGGAGGCUCUUCCUUCUGGUCCUCUGUGCUCAAGGAGCAUUUGCAUCACUGCUGGAUGACAUAAUCUUCGACAGCGAGGAGAUCCAGGAUUCCGGGGAGAGCAGCGUCGAAGGCUUCAAUGAACGUUUAUACGAAGAUUAUGCAUAUACUUACGCUCCAUUUAUUUGGUUCCACAAGACGGAAGGAGAUGAAGGCUUCUGUUUCCCCCACGAUGCUGGAGAGUACUACAACCACCGAGUAGCCGGGGACUGGUCGAGGCUAUGUAACGAGGACUACCAGACUAUCAAGAAUAAUAAGAUACCGACCUAUUGGCAUGCUAUGGAGUGCAGCGGACAUUUGCAUAUUGCUUACUGGUCUUUCUACGGCUACAACCACAACUGCGACUGCUGCUCCGGUGAGAGAGACGCCUGGUGGGAGUUCGUCGUUGUCAAGAUACGCGAAUUUGGAACAGAAUCUGCCCACCUGAGUGAAGUCAUGUUUGGCCAGAAGAAGGGAUGGUACACAAGAGUCUUUAGUCAUUAUGAUGUCUUCAACGUCACCCACCCAGUCGCGUAUGUUGGGCGAGCGAGCCAUGGCUUCUAUCACGACGACGGAGGCUCAAAUACCUGUUGCUAUUAUGAGGAUACGAGGAUUCCAGGUGAUGUCAACCAGUACAUGAUGAGCUGGAACAAUCUCGUGAGACUGACGACUGAAGGAGAUGGAGAACCUUGGAUGACGGACCCAAGUACUGACUAUUGGAACGGUCUCCAGGUACCCACGUUCAGGAAGGACUGGUACUUGUGCAACCUUGUAGGGUGCACCGGGUCCUUCUUAUGGGGAUGUGGGACAAGCGGCUGUGCCAAGAGCGACAUCGGAGACGACCCAUUCUGAGGUCCUUCAGGCAAAGAGACACUCGUCGCAGGAUGUGUUUGCUUUGUUUUUGUUCAUUUGUCUUUAGAGAUGACAGGCGUUCGUAUUUACUGUUGUUGUUGUUUUGUCGCAGUUGUUGUUGUUCUUUUGUUUUGUUCAGAUCUGUGCACCUCCAUCAUUUAUUUUGGUUAAUCUGUAAUUUUGGCUAAUUAUCAAGACUGUUGCAAUGGCUCAUCUGUAACUUCUGUGAUAUGUAAUGUUUGUCAACUGGAUACAUUGUAUUUUCGCAAAAGCCGAUGAUAUUGCAAG